CAGCUGAAGUUAAAAUGCCAGCAAUAAAGUGAAAGAUCCAGGAAUGAGUGAAGGUCUGUUGUUACUUCUGAUUUCAGUCCUACGGUGUGCAGAUGGAUCUUUUCUCAGACCAGAAUUUACUGGGCAUAGUAUGACCUUGAAAUCUACAGCAAGCCUACAAGAAGUAGUGAUUCCCGUCCAAGGCGUCUCCUUAAGCCCAGACCCCAAUCCACCUGCCAUCUAUGAGGGGGCGGGGUUUAAUCUGAGCUGUAAUGCCAGAAAGGGGACGCACCUCACUUACUCAUGGUACCACAACAAACAGGAAGUGACCUCACCCUCGCCUCUUCAUCAUUUUGUUGGAAACAUGCUGACAGUGGAUAAGGCUGAUGAAAGGCAUGCUGGGAGUUACUCAUGUAUGGCCAAAAACAUGAUAAGAAACAAGACCAGAGUCUCCACCAGUAUGCUGACCACCGUCGUGGUAAAAAAAUACCUGUCAGCUCCCAGGCUGUCAUUCACACUUUUCCACAAUGGCUUGGGCUACAGUGCUAAUAUCAGUUGUCGCUUGGCAUACGGUAGCCCUCCAGUGACGUUCCAGCUGCUCCUGAAUGGGAAUCAUGUUGAUGUGCAGCGCGUGGAUUUACUGGAAGCUUGGUUUUCUCAGCCGGUCACAGUGGGACUGGAUAUGGGAACAGUACAGUGUCUAGCAGAGAACGACAUCCAGCAGCUUCUCAGUAACCCAGUAAAUCUGGAAGUCGCUCCAGUAACAGGAACUGCACAAGUCCAAGUGGAGUAUCUUCACAGAGCAGACUCUGUAGAAACAGCUGCCCUGCUCCAGUGUGUGAUCACCACAGGGACUUUUCCUAUCUUCUUAUGGUCCUUCAAUGGCUCCACCAUACCCCUUGGUGCCAAUUUAAUCCAAAAUGACCAGUUCCUAGUUCUCACGCACAUCAAGCCUGAGAACUUGGGGUAUUACAGCUGUAGAGCGAGGGACAGUUUCAACUCUAAUUCAUCGUGGGUGGAGAGUGAGGAUGUUUUUCUGGAGAUGACAGCCAUCCAAGGCCAGGAGCUGAGUGAUUACCUGUGGUCUCUGAGUCGGAGGAACGACAUACACUCUCUGACCUGUCAGUCCCUGUGGACACUACCCAAUAGUUGGCAACUGAGUGCUCCUGUAUGAAGAAAAUGAGACCUUGCCCUUUCUUCUCAACAUGUUUCACCAGCAUGAACAGCAGUUAAAAAAAAGUGAUGCUGGCUACCAACCUGGUUGUCUCAGAGGAAGCAUGUCUUAGCCUUCACCUUCAACGGUUGGUUGCUGAUGUGUCUGAUUGUUGAAAACUGGCAAAUGAUCAAAUAGAGAAAGUUUUUGAAAUCAAACAGGUAUCUGUAUACCUCCAUAGGUCUUUAUUCCGCUGACUUUAUCAAACCCUGGUAAUCCCUAUCACCUACUGUGGUAAGCUAGUGUACAAUAAAGGAGCACUGUAUCAGUUUACAGUUUCAUCAUGUCAUGUGCCAAAUUUAAAAAUCACUAAAACUUGAUCUGUACAGGUUUUGAACAUACAUAUAAUAUCAACAAUACAUUUAAAGUUACAGUUUUAGUUCUGACUGUUAAAAAGCACUGACACUGGAACUUCUUCCAAAAAUGCUAAAGAAAUGUUGCCUGAGUGGAGCCCUUAUGUAAUUUGUCUAAAAGCAUUAACAUAUAAGAAAGAGGGCAUAAAACUUGUGUUUAUAUGAUUAGAGCAGUGGUGUGAUAUAACAAGAAAGCAAUUCUGUCUUCAAAAUGCUGCAUUACAAGAUGUAAAAUGCCGAAGACCCACACAUGAACAACUGAACAAAGAUUUGUUAUCACAAUGAGGCUAGUCAGAACCAGCAUAGCUAUGCAAAUCAAGGGUCUAAGGCUGAUUUUUUUAUUACUGAGUAUUUUCCAGUACAGUCCUAAUCACUGGUCUGUGGUUUCUUCUCUUAAAGAUUUAGAAGCAAUACCUAUAGAGGUCAUCGCUGUGGCUUUCUACUGCUUCCUGUUUGUGACGAUUGUGGGAGGAGCCUGCUGUGUCUACUUUAGCACAUCCACUGAGCCUGAGAGCACACCCACUGACA